AUGUCUCGCGUCGUCCUAGCCACCAGCAUUACUCACGCCCUCGUCGCGGUUGGGCAUACGGUGCAUGGUCUGAACACUUUCGCCCUGCCGGCGUGGACCUCCCUCCCGGCCCUGCUCCGCUGCUAUGCAAAGGCAGGCUGGUACCAAGGCAGCGUCUUCUUCAGCAUCGCUGCGCUGUUCACGUACCAGCUCUCGCAGCGCGACCCGGCGACGUGGACGACGAUCGAGCGCGCCAUCACUGGCCUGACGAUGGCGCUGUACUGCGUGAGCAGCGCGUGGUAUUUUCGGCACGGUGAUAAGGCUACGGGCGUUGUCACCGGGUUCGGCGGAGCGAUGUCUGCACUGACACUGAUGCAGUAA